CGCAUCAGGUCUAAGCGUAUAGAAUUAUUUUAACUUUUUCGGUCCAGUUUCCACUGUAUUUUGCACUGUUUCUUGUGGUUUGAUCUUCCGGUUGUUGCUAGUUACGCCGCUUUUAUGGUUCUUGUUUGUUACUGAUGUGAAGAUUGGACUUCGGUGCUUAGGGUUUUUGAGGUAGUGGACUUUCUGGAGCCAGUGGAAACGUCUUCAAAAUUAGAUCUUUGGCUACGCGCACGAGUCUGGGGCGUGCACUCGGUUCUGUACUUCCUCAGGAGUCUUUGGCUGGUAGGACUUUGGUUUGACCUUCUAAUAUUGUUCGAGCUUCGUCGUCUUUCCCAUGGAAGUGAGAUCAGAGCCUGGAAUUAUGCCGUUCAAUUCCAGUGUACAGAAAAGCCCGGUGCAAACCCAGUCGCCGAUGCAGAGUAUGCGAUUGGUUUAUUCGCAGGAUGGCACGGCGUUGUACAAGCCAAUUACUACUACUGCCAACACCUCGCCUCCUGCGCCUGCACAUGUUCCUACUCCUGCUCCAGCUCCUGUACCUGUUACUUCCACUUACGAAGGCGGAGGCGGGGGGAGCAGUGGGAGCCUUGAUGUUCCCUCGUCGGGGUUGCCAUCACAAGGCUUGAAUAUCAACACCGGGGAGCCGCUGAAGCGGAAACGAGGGCGACCCAGAAAGUACGCACCUGAUGGCACCAUGGCUCUUGCUUUAACUCCUUCACCCACUGGAGCAACAGUGAAGCGCCGACCUUACAACUCUAAAAAGAAGCAGCAGUUGGCUGCUCUAGGAUCAGCUGGCAUUGGGUUUACACCUCAUGUUAUUACUGUGAAGGCAGGAGAGGAUGUAUCGUCAAAAAUAAUGUCUUUUUCUCAGCAUGGUCCUCGUGCUGUUUGCAUUCUUUCAGCAAAUGGUGCAAUCUCUAAUGUAACAUUACGUCAGGCAGCAACUUCAGGUGGAACUGUAACUUAUGAGGGGCGAUUUGAGAUAUUGUCACUGUCAGGCUCAUUUCUGCUAACAGAGAAUGGAGGCCAACGAAGUCGUACAGGUGGAUUGAGCGUUUCACUUUCUGGUCCUGAUGGCCGUGUGUUGGGUGGUGGAGUGGCUGGAAUGCUGACUGCAGCCUCUCCGGUUCAGGUUGUUGUAGGGAGCUUCAUUGCCGAUGGGAAGAAAGAGCAGAAGCAGAGUAUACCCCUCGGAGAACCAAUGUCUGCUCCGGAAAAACUUGCACUGGUAGGGGGGCUGAUGGCUCACAGCCCACCUUCGCGCGGCACCUUGAGUGAAUCUUCAGGUGGACCUGGGAGCCCACUCAAUCACAGUACUGGGACAUGCAACAAUGGCAACCAACAGGGAUUGCCUAGUAUCCCAUGGAAAUGAGCUGCUGAUCCUUCUUUAGCCCUAGCUUUUAGUGGUUAUCGAAACAAAUCGCUGCUGUUCCAUCUGGUUGGUCCUCCGUUCUUGUUGUUGUGUUAGUUGAUCCUAGUUGUUUGUUUUCAUCUGUAGCCUAUUAGAUUUCAUUAGGUCAUGUUUUUAUUACUAAUCCUGUAAGUCGCUGAACUUUUGUAUAAAUGUUGUCGGUAUCUCGCAUAUGUAUUAACGUUUGACACAAUCUAGUCGUGUGUUUUGCUAGUUUA